ACCAUGUACACAACGAAUACGCGUUUAGUUUUUGCCCCAUUCAUUUUGCGUGCAGUGCGUUUAGGACAGCGAAAGCCGACAAAAUGGCUCUCCCGUUUUUACCGGGAAAUACCUUCACAGAUCCCACGAAGAGACGCUAUCACAGAUCCCAAUCCCUUGGCUACAAGAAUGGCUAUUCCUUGGCCAACCGACCCGAGGUAGGCAUAGGGGGAGAACCCCUGGAGGUCAACCAACUCUCGCUGGCCGAACUGGAGGAACUAAACAACAAACGACCGACGCUGACCUACGGCCAGGCCAAGCAGGCCCCGCCCGAGGAUUUCAUCCCCGCCCACGUUGCAUUUGACAAGAAGGUGCUGAAAUUCGAUGCCUACUUCCAGCAGACCGUCCAUGAAUCCAGAGACGAGUAUUACCGCGUCCGACCGGUCGUAAUUUAUUACUAUCUGGAGGACGACAGCAUCUCUGUGGUGGAACCACACGUUGAGAACAGCGGUAUGCCCCAGGGCAAGCUGAUCAAGCGGCAGCGUCUUCCCAAGAAUGACCAGGGAGACUACUGGCACUGGAAGGACCUCAACAUAGACAUCAACGUGACGUUCUACGGAAAGGUCUUCCACAUCACGCACUGCGACAAGUGGACGCAGGAAUACAUGGCCAGUGAGGGAAUCGAGCUGAACCUACCCCAGGGAAUGCUGACGGAUCCUUACAUCGAAUCGCGCAAGGAAUCUGCAGCCCUGCGUACCUACCAGACCAAGUCCACGUUUGACAAGUUGAAGCAGUUCCUGGAUCUGGACCGAAAGGUGCUGCGUUUCUACAGUGUUUGGGACGACCGCGACAGCAUGUUUGGCGAGAUGCGACCGUACAUCAUCCAGUACUAUCUCGUCAACGACACGGUCGAGGUGCGCGAAGUCCACGAAUCCAACGACGGUCGCGAUCCCUUCCCGCUUCUGCUUAAGCGUCAAAAGCUGCCCAAGGACCGUUACAAUGUUGAAUCCUCUUUCCCCGCCGUCGUCAUGGAGCUGUCGAACCACGAGAUCAAGCAGUGGUGUUCUCCCGAAGACUUCAUGAUCGGCAAGACCGUCUUCAUCUACAACCGACCGUUCCUGAUCUACGACAUGGAUGAAUUCACUCGGGCCUGGAUAUGCGACAAGUACGGCGUACGCGACUUCACGCCGGUUGAAGUGACGGGCCCUGCUAGGGAGUUACCAUCAAGGAAUCUGCCUCCAUACAAUGGCUUCGGUUCCCUGGAAGACUCUCUACAGUCCUGCUUGUCUCUGGUACCUCAACCGCCCAAGAAAGACUUCAUUAAGAUGCUGGAGAAUGACCACAAGCAACUGCGAUUUGAAGCUGUACUGGACUCUGUCAAGCCUGAAGAUCGUGGUCGCCGUUUCAUCAUCUGCUACCGCCUCUCCGACGACAUGGUCACCAUCUUCGAACCGCCGGUCCGCAACUCCGGCAUCAUCAGCGGCAAGUUCCUCGAACCGACCCGCGUGACCAAGCCCGGGUCCAUCCCCGAGAGCCCGCAGUUCUACGGUCCGCAGGACAUGUACAUCGGCGCGGUCGUCCAGGUCUUCAGUCACCGCUUCGUGAUCACGGACGCUGAUAACUACGUCCUGACGUACUUGGAGGCGAACCAGGGAGACUUCCCCGGAAGCGAGAAGACCAUCGAGUCCAUCCGCCAAAAACGAUCGUUCGGGGAGCCGGCGAUGAGGUCUUCAGUGAAGGGCGCCCCCAUGAAGAUCAAACGAAGCCCCGGUGACCUCAAGAACCUGAUCCAGGAAGUCAAGGCCCAGCUGAGGAAGGACAACUACAUCAACUUCAACUCGCUGACGGAGGCUUUCCUGCAGUACGACCGGGAUCGGUCGGGCUACGUGGACAUCGGCGAAGUGAAAAAGAUCUGCCAGAAACAGAAUCUUCCCCUGGACGAUGAUCUGAUGGCAGCCUUGAUUUCAGAAUGUGGCGGCGAUGAGCAAGGGAGAAUAAAACAUGCCGAGUUUAUGCGAUUCCUCACCUGGGAUUAGAACGGCUAAUUAAUACACUUACUGGAUUGGGAAGAGCCAUUUAUGACAAAGUCACCAUCAUAAUGCAUGCAGAAGGCCAAACUAAAACUCAGUUCGUGGGAGAUAGAAUGAGUCUUGGACAAUAUUGCAUAUCCUUUCGGGAAAAGUGACAUUGCAGAUAAGCCCACUCUAUAUUUCACUAGGUUUUGAAUUUGUACAUGUACAUGACUUGCUCCAUCAAAACGAGGAAUAUGUUUUUGCAAUGGGGUUGACAUGGCCGACUCCAUCAAAAGGGGGAAUAAGUUUUUAAAAAAAUCAAUCUGCAAAAUCUCUAUACCGGAAUGCAUAUACAUUUUUCAUUUCAGAAAGCUGUAAAAAUUCACACAAAAAAUGCAAUUUGCUUCAAGUUUUGGCAAUAGAACUUCUAUAAAAUUAGCAAGAAGUAAACAUGGGGAUUCAGAGAAAAAAAUGAUAUUAUUUGCUGUUACUCUGUUUAUAGUCUGUAAAUAAAUUUAUGUAUGUUAAUUUUUUUUUUUCAAACCUUAGGCAAUGUCAGGAGUGUCAAAAAAAUAUUCAGUAAAAAAACUGAUAAAAAAACUUGGAAACUUAUUCUAUGAACUUUAAACUGUCAAAAUUAUUUUUCAUACUUUGUAAAGAUGAAGUAACUUUCCGUCCCACGUCGCGUCGCCUUUUGAGAUAAAAUUCCGCCCGCAACUUUUGUUUUGAUCAGAACGUGUGUUUUUGCAAGAUUUAAUAAAUGAAUUGUAUAAAGUCAGUACAGUUA